AUGUCGGCGACAGUUCCGGUCGGACCUGCGGUGGCACCGUCAGCGUCGGCAGUCCCUGCCCUGUUGCAACAGCCUUUGUUGGACGAUGCUGGUUUGCCUUUGUCUUCCACGGGAGCGAGAGCGAGGCAGGAGGCUCUGGACGCUGCGGACGCCGCUGCAGCGGAGGCCGACACCAUCCGCAUUCAAGACAANAACUGAUCCUUAUGAAUUUGCUCAUUUUGCGUCUAGCUGCAAGGGUGUGGUCACAGAGAUCCUCAACAAAAGCGAUGCCAAGCGCAAGCAGAGAUUUCAAAUCCUCCACGUGGGUCACCGGAUGGCUUCCGUUGUUGCGCAAACACGUCCGUGCUGCUGUCGUUGAAGGUCAACCAACCGUGCCACGCUGGAAUUUCUUGAUGCCACCUUCCUACAGAUAGAAAACCAUCUGCGCAAGGAACCGGCAGGGCCCUCGACGUACGCCUUCUUAAUCCAGAAAUUGGCGGCUGCCUGGGACACUCAAGACAAGAGCUCGGGGAUUGAUCAUCUUCGCAGUUUUGGCGUAUCCAACGGUGAGACUUACGGAGAAUACAUUUGUCGCUAUAAGGCGGCCAUGACCGUCAUGGUUUCCCACCGCACGUUCAAGCCUUCUGAUGCGCAAGUGCAGAUAGCUGUUCGAGACUCCAUGUUGAAGCAGUUUCCGGUAGUGUCUGGGCAGGUGUACAAGGAUGAGCAGCUCUCCAUGGAAGUCCCUUUUGGGCGAUAUUCUUCGUGUCUGGAUGAUAUGUGGGAUGUGUUGGACAAGCGUGCGUUCGUGCACACGCCGGCGGUGCAUGGAGAUGAUUUCUUUUCGGUAUCGUCCACGAAUGCUAGGAGUUCGUCUGCUGUUUCGCGUGCUGUAGCUUCUUCGGCGUUGCGUUCGACGGUGAGCCCUUCGUGGAGCCAGGGCUCUUCGGCCGUCGUGAUGAGUGUUGACCCUCUACCUAAUGAU